AUGAAGCCUCAUCUCGUCGUUGUCGUCGGUGCCACAGGCACUCAAGGUGGUUCUGUUGUUAAUUCCAUCCUUAAAGAUCCCAAUUUUGCAGUCAGGGGACUUUCACGUAAUCCGGAAAGCGAUGCAGCAAAGUCCCUCAAAGCGCAAGGUGCUGAAAUUGUUAAAGCCGACCUGAAUGAUGGAUCGAGCUUAUUGAAGGCUUUUGAAGGAGCAUAUGCCAUUUUUGCAGUCACGAAUUUCUUCGAGCCGGCCGGUAAUUUUGGAGUCGAGGAGGCAAGGACGAUUGAGUACCAGCAGGCCAUUAAUAUGGUCAAAGCGGCGAAGAAAACCCCUACUCUCCAGCGUUAUAUUUGGAGUACUUUACCCAACAGCAGUUAUCUGUCAAAGGGCAAGUAUAAUGUCCAUUUCUUCGAUAUCAAGUCAUCUGUCGACGACUACAUACGGCAAGAUGAAGAGUUCCUUGCCAAAACCACUUUCGUCUAUUUCGCCAACUUUGCGUCUAAUAUGUUCUACCCCAACUUCUUGCCAAUCUACGUAAAAUCGGCGAGCAAGUACAUCCAGAUGCUUCCCGCGGAUCCAGAGAUGCCUAUUUGGUCUAUGGGUGACGCAAAAGUUAAUAUUGGCGUCUUUGUACGUUCAGUUUUGCGGGAUACCCCCAAGACGGGGGGUACUUAUGUCCUUUGUGCUGUGGAUAAAUUUACCCUGCAGUCAUACCUGGCCAAAUGGGGUGAAGCAACCGGUUUCGCUAAGGAAGAGAGAUCAACUGCAGUUAUCCAAAUCUCUUUAGAUAACUACCGCUCUCUUUGGCCUGGUAACGGAGAUUUGAUGGGUGAGAUGCUUGGUUUUUGGGACCUACUUCGCGAAAAUAGCUGGGUAACGCCCCUGGGAACCAAACCAAUGAGAGCCCAGGCAUUGAUGACUGAGGACGAGCAAAAUGAGCUUCAGUCAACCGCAGAAGGCUUUAGGAUUGCUGCGGCGAAGUUUCAAAAGUUAGUUUAA